GUAUUGAAUGCAUUCUCUGGCAUCGCAGCUGCGGCUGGCAUAUUCAUGAUAUUCUUGCUCGGAUCAUUUCUUUCUUGGCGUCAAGUAUCCCAUGCAUGCGCCGUUGUACCAAUUCUAAAUGUUUUGGUGGCGAUAUUUGUGCCCGAAUCACCAAUUUGGUUACUCUCCAAGAAUCGUUCAGGAAAAGCGCAGAAAUCGUUACAAGUACUUCGAGGAUGGGUUGCCGGUGAAAUUGUCUCACCCGAGCUUGACCAAUUGAAACGCAUUAGUGAAAUAUCGGCAACAUGUAGUGAUUGUGAGAAAUCCGGGAGCAAAUGUGAUCAUCCGCCACCCACACUGCUGAACAAAUUAAAAGAUACGACGAGAAAACGAACAUUGAAGCCUCUACUCUUAGUUACAAUUCUAUUUUUUGUGAUGCAGUUCUCUGGAAUGUUUGCAAUGAGACCGUACAUUGUUCCAAUAUUAAACGCUCAUGGCAUUGCUUUCGAUGCGAAUUUUACAACCAUCAUCCUUGGGGUUCUUGGAAUUUCGGCAAAUGUUUUCAUUGUUUUCACCAUUCGAAUUCUCGGCAAACGACGAAUCUACCUGUGGUCAAUGGUUGGGAACUUUGUUAGCUGUUUUGGACUAAGCAUCUAUGGAUGGAUAUUCUUUCCCGCUGGUUGGUCGUCAAUUGGUCUGGCUGCAGAAAGUUUGGAAUCAAUCCGAUAUAGCGUCGGACACUACAAUUACUUCGCUUUGGUCAUGUUUUUGAUCAUGCAAUUCUGUAUUUCGGUGGGCGUCUCAUCCAUACCGUUCAUCAUGAUGUGUGAAGUAUUCCCCUUCAAGUCACGAGCGUUUUGUUGCUCUUUAGUCUUAGUCGAAAGUCAACUAUUUGCAUUCAUCGCAACCAAAACGUACUAUGACUUCGAAAGAUGGCUUUCAUUACCCGGGGUCAUUGGCUUUUAUGGUAUCAUCGCUGUUCUUGGAUUCAUUUUGAUGACAUUCAUGUUACCUGAGACAGAACAUUGUUCGUUAGAGGACAUAGAAUUGCAUUUUUCGGACAAUAAACGCGGUAUUUUCGAUACAAAUAUUAAAAAACUAAAUUUACUUUCAAA